AGAGGCUCAUCCCAAAGAAAAGAAAGAUUAUCCGGGGUGGGAUUAGACAGCCAUGGCUGACAAAGGAAGUCAGGAAAUAUAUCAAAGAAAAAGAGACAGCCUAUAAAGUGGCCAAGAACACUGGGAACUCAGAAGAUUGGGAAGGCUACAAAAACAGACAGAGGAUAACAAAGAGAGCAAUAAGGAAGGUGAGGAUCAAAUAUGAAGGCAGGCUAGCUAGUAAUAUUAGAAAUGAUAGUAAAAGCUUCUUUCAAUACAUAAGAAACAAACAAGAGGCAAAAGUAGAUAUUGGGCCAUUCCAAACUGAUGCUGGAAGGCUAGUGAUGCGAGAUAAGGAAAUAGCUGAAGAACUUAAUAAGUACUUUGCGUCAGUCUUCACAGUGGAAGACAUGAGUAGGAUGCCAACAAUUAGGGGAGUCAGGGGGCAGAGUUGAGUACGGUAGGCAUUACAAAAGAGAAAGUGCUAGAAAAGCUAAAAGGUCUAAAAUUUGAUAAAUCUCCUGACCCCGAUGGACUACGUCCCAGAGUUCUGAGGGAGGUGGCUGAGGAAAUGCUGGAGGCUUUGGUCGUGAUCUUUCAAAAGUCACUGGAGUCAGGGAAUGUCCCAAAUGAUUGGAAAAAUUGCUGUUGUAACUCCCUUGUUUAAGAAAGGAUCAAGGCAAACGAUGGAAAAUUAUAGGCUGAUUAGCCGUACCUCGGUAGUUGGUAAAAUUCUAGAAUCCAUUGUCAAGGAUGAGAUUUCUAAAUUCCUGGAAGUGCAGGGUCAGAUUAAAAUAAGUCAGCAUGGUUUUAGUAAGGGGCGAUCGUGCUUGGCAAACCUGUUAGAAUUCAUUAAAGAGGUAACAAGUAUGUUAGACCAGGGAAACCCAGUAGAUGUUAUCUAUCUAGACUUCCAAAAGGCCUUUGAUAUAGUGCCUCAUGGGAGGCUGCUGAGCAAGGUGAGGGCCCAUGGUGUUCGAGGUGAGCUAUUGGCUUGGAAUGAGGAUUGGCUGUCUGACAGAUGGCAGAGAGUUGGGAUAAAAGACUCUUGUUUGGAAUGGCAAUCGUUGACGAGUGGUGUCCCGCAGGGUUCAGUGUUGCGACUGCAGCUGUUCACCUUGUAUAUUAAUGAUCUGAAUGAAAGGCCUGGUGGUAUUCUGGUGAAAUUUGCUGAUGAUACGAAGCUAGGUGGACAGGCAGGUAGUACUGAGGAGGUGGGGAGGCUGCAGAAAGACUUAGAAAGUUUAGGAGAGUGGUCCAGGAAAUGGCUGAUGAAAUUCAAUGUGAAUAAAUGUGAGGUUUUGCACUUUGGAAAAAAGAAUACAGGCAUGGACUGUUUUCUAAACGGUGAGAAAGGUCGUAAAGCAGAAGUACAAAGGGAUCUGGGAGUGUUGGUUCAGGAUUCUCUAAAGGUUAACUUGCAGGUAGAGUCCGUGAUUAAGAAAGCAAAUGUAAUGUUGUCGUUUAUCUCAAGAGGGUUGGAAUAUAAAAGCAGUGACGUGCUUCUGAGGCUUCAUAAAGCUCUAGUUAGGCUCCAUUUAGAAUACUGUGUCCAAUUUUGGGCUCCACACCUCAGGAAGGACAUACUAGCCCUGGAGCGAGUCCAGCAGAGAUUCACUUGGAUGAUCCCUGGAAUGUGUUCUUAUCCACAGGGAACAAUGAAGACUCGGUUAUUGAAGAUAUUCUAAACUGAACUCAACUGACCUUUGAUGGACAGGAGAGUCAAUAUUUAUUCGGAUGAAACAGGAAAGGCGUGUUCAACCAUAAACAGAUCAUCCGUGAUCUUUCCAUUUUGAGCAGCAGACUUGAAGGUCCAAAGGGCCACCUCCAGUGCCUAGCUGAUGUGUUGUUCUCUCGCUCCAUCCCUUGAUGAUGUUACAGGGGUAAGGUAAGACCAAUUCAAUCAGUCAGGAUUACUACAAUGAGAUACUACACCAUUGGACACUGGUCUCCAGUCACACAAUCAGCCAUCUACUACCAUCCUCUGUCUCCUGACAGUAAGUUGGUUUUGGUUCAAACUUUGCAAGUCAGUAUGGGGGUCCCUGAUUAUUCGGCUCUGCUUGACAUACUUGUAGAAUAUCCAAGGAUUCUCCCUCAAUUUGUCUUCCAGCAUUUUCCCAUGCUCCUGUGCUAGUCUACCCACUCUGAGUGAAGAAUUUGCUCCUUGUUGCAGUCUUAAAUGACCUGCCCCUUAUCCAGCCAUUAUUUCCCUUCAAUGUGGAGUAGACAAGCAGGGAAAUAUUGUAUUUAUUGCCAACGUGUCAUAUGUUUUGUUAAUUUUCUACAUUUCACUGCAAUCACCUCUUAUUCUUUGAAACUGUAGAGAACACAGGCCUCAUCAGACAAACUUGCCAUCUGAGGGAUAAAGGUGGAGAAUGUUUAAUACACUUCUUCUGGGGUAACUAUAUUCUUUCUUAGAUUGAAACACCAAAACUGUACAUAACACUCAAUGUACAGUUUCACUAGCACUCUCUGCAACUGCUGCAGGAUGGCUUUACUUCAACAUUCGAAAUCACUUAAAUGAUCGCCAACCUAGCUUUUUACAAAUAUUCCUCCAAAUAUCCUUUUGAAUUAAUUUUAUUUUCGAACUCACAAUGUUAGCUCUUGCAGAAAGCCUUCUGCAAGUCCAAAUAUACGACAUCCACUGGUAUUGGUUCUCUAUUGUCAAUGCUGCAAGUAACCACUUCAAAAAUUAUCAUGUUUGUCAAGCAUGACUUCUCUUUCAGAAAUGCAUACUGAUUCUCUCCAUUUUUGUUUAUAAUUGCUAAAUAUUCAAUAUCACAUCCUGUAUCACAGAUUCCACCAGUUUCCUUACCAAUAUCAAGAUAAUUGGAUUGCAGUUCUCCACACUAUCCCUUCUUCCCUUUGUAAAUUGAAUGAUAAUGUUUACAAACUUCCAGCUAUCUACAAUGGCUUCCACCCUUUGCAGAAUGUACAGCAAAAUAAAACACAGUUGUCAACAUUGCAAUUAAUAACUAUUGUUGCUUUCUUUUCCUGACAUUUUGGAGUGAAGUACAUCUGGUCCAUCAGACUUAACAAUG